GUUUAAUUCUCUUAAUGGAAAAUAAUAAGUUAUAUGAGCUCCUUCGAACAUAUCAAUUUCCAGAAAAAAAGCUUAAAAGAUUAAAAUAAAUAAAAGAAAAAAAGCAUUACAUUAAGAAGGCUUAUCCUCUUGAAUUUGGACCAGAUGGAAAAACUUUGCUUAAAAGAGGACCUUGGACAUAAAAAGAACGAGAAAUAUAUUUAUAAAAUUGUUAAGAACAUGAAGAAGAAUGUCGAUCAAAUAAAACGAAAGAACUUUUUAAACAAAUCCUUGAAUAAAUACCAACAAGAAAUCUUACUUAGCUUAAAGGAUUUCAUAAAAAAAAUAAUCCUUUUCCAACAAUAACUAUUAUUAAAAACAAAAGGAUAAGAAGAACAAAAUUAUAGUUGGGUUCAUAGAAUUCAAAUAAACUUCUAGAUAUUGUAAAAAAAAAUUAAAAAAAAAAAUAAAUAAAAUAAUUAGAAAAACUUGCUUAACUUAAUAAUCAAAUUCUAACUUUAUAAACAUAAAUGGUCUAAUUUAGUUGUAAGGAAGACAAAUAAAUAUAAAUAAAAAUUUACAUUAAUUUGGAUAACUUAAUAAACACUUAUGUUGAAGAAGAUUACAGAUAAGAGAGAGACGAAAUUAAAACUGAAAAUUUAGAUCUUUCUAUUGAAUAAACUAAAGAAUAAAUAAAUUAACAAAAAAUUUAAAAAGAUAAAAUUAUUGUCAGUCUAAAAAAUUUAAUAGAUACAAAGGUUGAAGAAGAUGAAUCUAAAUUCAUAAAUAAGGCUAAAAUUAUUACUUUUAAGGAAUUACUUUCUAAAAUUGAAGUAGAAAAAAAAUCAAAUAAUCAAAAGUAAUUAAGUGAUUAAAAGUUCUGGUAAGGAAUUGGUAAUUAAUAAAAGAUUUUAAUUAAGUUUAAAUAAUAAUAAAGAAAGGAAGUUCUAUAGAUUGAAAAUCAAUAAGAUAAAGAGAAAGAUGUUCAAUAAAUUCCAUAAAUUUAAUAGAUACUAGAAGAAAAAUAAUAAUAAUAACAAAUUUAACCAGAAUAAACCUUAAAUGAAUAAUAAAAUGUGUCUCCAAAAAAUAAAAUGACAAGAAUUGAAAAAUAAAAAACUCUUUCUUUUGAAAUGGGUAUUAAGAAAAUAAAUGAUGAUAAAAACUCUAAUAUAAUUGUCUUAGAUUCACCAGAAAAACCAAAAUAAAAUCCAAAUAAUGAAAAUCAAUUUGAUUUUCAAUAAUACUUAAAAAAAGAAUAAAAAGACAUAAAUUAACAAAUUAUAUAAGAAAAUAAGAGUGGAUAAAAUAAUUUAAUAUUUGAAUCACAUAAAGAUACUUAAUCUGAUUAAGAUAAGAAUAAUAAAAAAGAUAAUUUAAAUUAAUCCAGAAAUGACUUGCCAGAUAUAAAUAAGGAUGAAAAAGUUUUAGAGGAAUCUUUAUAAAAAGAAAAAUAAAAUGAAAAAAGUAAAUAAAAAUAAUUGUCAUCAGAAUAAAAAAGAGAAAAAAGAGAAAAAAGAGAAGAAAGAGAAGAAAGAGAAAGAAAGCGAGAUCUAAGAAAAUAAAAAUAAAAAGAAUAUGAUAUGUAAAAAGAAAUAGAUAGACAAAAAGAAUAAGAAAUAGAAUUAGAAAUAGAAAAAAUAAGAAUUAGAUAAAAAGAGAUAGAUAAACAACAAGAAAUUGAAAAAUAAUAAAAAUUGGAAGCAUAAAAAUUAAAAGAAAAAUAAAGAUAGUAGUAAAAAGAAAAGCGUAUUUAAGCAUUUAAUUUAUAAGAUAGAAAAGAAAGAAAUAGAACUAAAAAUAGGGAACUUAGAUCUUUAUAAGAAUUAAGUAAACUAUAAAAAGAAAAAAAAUAGAAUACAUAAGUAGAUCUAAUAUAUAAAUAAAAAAAAUAGUAUGAUUCUUCUCAUGAAUAGAGCCAUCAUUAAUCAAGAUAAUUUUAAUAAAAAGGAUAAGAAGUAAUUAACUAAUAGCAAGGUGCAGAAAUUUAAAAUUAAUAAUAAGGAUAAAAUUUGAUAACUUAUAAUUAAAAUCAAUAUUAAGUUCCAAUUAUUGACCAAAUGAAAUAGUAAUAAUUUUACAUUCAAAAUAUAUAAGGUAAAUAAUUUGUUAGUCUUAAAGAUUGUUAUAAACUUAUACCAGGUGUAGAAGGAUAAUAUUAAAAUUAAUAAGAAUUAAUAAAUUAAAACAAAGACUAGAACGAUCAAGAUAAAAAUUCUUAAUUUUCUUAAUUAUUACCAAUUUAAAUGUAAACUUACCCUUAUUAAGAAUAAGCAAAUUCACAACCCUAAGCAUAAGUCCCAUUUUAACCAAAUUCUACCUACAUAGCUAAUCCUUACUUCUAUCCUUAAUUAAUACCAAUAAGCCAACUAUAGUAAUAAGCUUAAGUUGAUGGAUCCUAAAAUGUGAACAAAGAUCAGUAUCAAGUAGAAAUGAUGUAUGUAUUUCAAGAAGUUCCUUAAAACUUUGAUCCUAAUUAUUUCUUUUAAUUUUCUCCUUCGAGUUUUGUAUCUAUACCUGGAGGAUCAAAAUUAGGUGAUGCUCUUAAAUGA